AUGCCGGGUCCCGCCCGGACCUCUAAGUUCAGUUAUUCGCUCAACAAACGCCGUCUCUGUGCGGGAGCGGCCAGAACGCCAAAGGGAUGCAGAUCUGGCCCUGCCUUCUCGGUGCGGAAGCCCAGGAGGUGCAUGUUGGGCGAGAGGGCGGAUCUGACACGAAACAACCCAGCACAGAGAAAGCUGUUUCUUAAGGGCCCCGAGGACUAAAAUGAGGCUCGGGAAGGUUAGGUGAGUUCCGGAGUCGAGCCCCAAGUUCUGUUCGGCUCCAUACCCUGCCCCUUGACCCACUGCUUGCCGGACUUCAGCCAGUUGAUGCCCUGCACCCGGGCCAGAUGGGGGAGCAGCGGCUCCAGGCUCGAGCGCCCCCCACUGACGAGGUUGGGAUUCGCGCGUCCGCCGCGGUCUGGACUGGGGUCUCUGCCCCUCCCCUGGGCGGUGGUCCGGUGACGUCAUUGCCUCUUUAAGACCCCCGCCUCCGCCCCAGUCCCAGCACUCCGCCUGCUACUCCGAAUCUUGGUGGACUCCUUUGCAGUGCAGCUCCUCAACCUCAACCUCACCAUGGCCUCUGCUGGUCUGCAAAUCCUGGGGAUUGUCCUGACACUGCUUGGCUGGGUGAAUGCCCUGGUGUCCUGUGCCCUGCCCCUGUGGAAGGUGACCGCCUUCAUCGGCAACAGCAUUGUGGUGGCCCAGGUGGUGUGGGAGGGGCUGUGGAUGUCCUGCGUGGUGCAGAGCACUGGCCAGAUGCAGUGCAAGGUGUACGACUCGCUGCUGGCGCUGCCCCAGGACCUGCAGGCUGCCCGAGCCCUCUGUGUCAUCACUCUCCUAGUGGUCCUGCUCGGCCUGCUGGUCUACCUCGCAGGGGCCAAGUGCACCACCUGUGUGGAGGACAAGGACUCCAAGGCCCGUCUGGUGCUCAUCUCUGGGAUCAUCUUUGUCAUCUCAGGAGUCCUGACCCUGAUCCCCGUGUGCUGGACUGCCCACACCAUCAUCCAGGACUUCUACAACCCCCUGGUGGCCGAGGCCCAAAAGCGGGAGCUGGGAGCCUCCCUCUACCUGGGCUGGGCAGCUUCUGGCCUUUUGUUGCUGGGUGGGGGGCUACUGUGCUGCACCUGCCCCUCUGGGGGGUCCCGGGGCUCCAGCCAUUAUAUGGCCCGAUACUCGGCCUCAGCCCCGCAUACUGCCUCUCGGGGUCCCUCUGAGUACCCCACUAAGAAUUACGUCUAAUUCGGGAAGGGGAGCGUGGGCUCCCUUGAGAGUGGAGCCUAACCCUCUGAGCUGGAGCCAUGGCAAUGGUGAUCCAUGACAGCUUUGGUGUUGUUUUUGCUUUAUAUUGGUGGGGGGCGGUGGUUAAUCCAUUUGAUAACCCACCUGGGCUCUGCUACUGGCGUUCCUCACCUUUGGAUGAUGGAGCCAAAGAGGUGAUGCUUCAGAGUUUCUGGAUCUUUCUCCACCCUGGACACCCCCAUCUUAGAGACCAACCUGGAGCUUUGGGCCCCAUGUGAAGGGUGCUUGCUAUCCAGGUGCUUUCAUCCUGUCCCCGAGAGUUCCUGCUGAUGUUGGGGGUAGGACCUCCCUAGGCCUGCAGAGACAAGCCUUCCCUUGCUGGUCAGGCCUCUGGAACCCCCAGGGGCUUUUGAGCCACGUGUAGCCUCUAGAGGAGCAGGUGAUAAGUUACCAAAGACCCACCCACCUCCAAGUCUUCUGACCUCUGGCUUCUCCAUCCUGAGUCAUGUCCCCCCUGUGCUGACCCCUGACCCUCCCAUCCCCAGCCCCUGUGCACUUCUGCCAUGUCCUGCCCACACUCACCAGUUUUUACUAAAUAAAGCACAUUUUGUUUGGUUAC